AUGGAGUGUGGAGAGGUAGCAAGCGCAGAGGCUGGUUUGGGCCAGGGCAGCUCAGUGCCCCCAGCUCUCAUGGACAACCCCCAGGCCAGGCUGACUGUGGUGGCACGGGAGUUAAUAUACAGUCCAUCCUUCUCAGGCCCUGAGGACACAUGUUGCCCCACACUGCUUCUGGAGGGGCCCCAGAGCAUCUGCCUGCUUCAGCCGGAGACUCUAGACACUCAGGAACAAUGCAUCACCUUUGACAGAGUCCUGGGCUCUGAUGCUGCUCAGGAGGCUGAGCAGGAGCUGCUAGCACGAGUCCAGUCCACACUAGGCUUGGUGGCCCGAGGGUACAGUGUGUCCCUACUGCUUCGGGGUCGGGAAACAGAGACACCUCGGCUUGUACCUCAGCUGUUGCAGAUGCUGUUUGAGGAAACUCUGCCCCACAGGGGCGCUGUUCCUGGGGUUAGCACCCUUAGCCUGGUGCAGCUCAGCCCCAGUGGAAGGACUCAGGACCUGCUGUCUCCAGGGAGAGAGAACCUAUCGGUGUUAGACGUGUCCCCUUUGGGCUUGGUGGUAGAAAAUGCCAGUGAGGUGGAGGUGUCCGACUCAAGAGCUGCCUCAGACCUGUACUUACAAGCUGCAGGGGAUGAAGGCAGGGCCUGCUCUCUGCUCACUGUCACCAUGUCCUGCCUAGGGCCUGACCCUCCCGAGGGGCCUGGGACCCGGGGUAUGUGGCGAGGGGCCUUGAGGAUCCUGCAGCUCCCCAGAGACCUAGAUUGCCCCCUGCUGCAGGUGUUGGCUGGUAAGGUUAUUGGUGAGGAGGUAGAGGGCUCUCUGCCCUGGAUCGUGUCAUGGCUCCUGGAAGGAAACAACUACACUGGUCUUCUUCUUCGCCUGGACCCUCAAGGUGGUUCCCUGAGCUUACUCAGAGCUGCUCUGUUGGGGGCCUCGGGAAGGAGGAUGCAGGUGAAACAGGUGAGGCCCACCCAGUGGGAUGCAGUAGAAGAGGCACGUGCCCGCCGGGCAAACCUGAAGAGCCUGCGUUCAGGCCUCCUUGGGGACACCCUCACAGAAAGUGGGCUCAGCCAGCUGGGCAGGGCACUGCGAGAGUUGCGGGUGGUAAAAGCCUGGAGCCAGUGCCCAGGAAGCCAGAUGCUCAAAGGGGUCAAAGCUGAGGCUGUGGGGCUCCCAGAACUACAGGCCUGGCACGCCCCAGAUGUGGCCCUGCAGUUCUUCUUGGCCCAGGCACAGAGGAAGAGACUUCAAGAACAGCACCAGAUAUGGAUCCAAGAGGAACUGAAGCGUUUGGAACAGGAGGAGGAAGAGGUGGAAGGUGACCAAGUCAAAGGCCUGGUGGCCGGAAAGGAGGCCUUCGAGAGGCAGAGAUGGCACCGGGAGCAGACACUAUGGAGACUCCAGCUGGAGGCCCUUCAGGCAGAGCGGGACACUGCAGAGCAGGACCUCAUGGCCCUCUAUGACGUGCACGUGCAGGCUGCCCGGGCUCGGACAUGCCAUACACUGCAGGUAUUUCGAGCCUGGCGAGAGCUGUGGGAGGAGCAGACCAUGACCACAGAGCAUCACCACCGCAGCCUGCUGGCUCGUAUCCUGCAAGACAUGCUCCAACUGGCCACACAGAACCAGGAGCUUCAAGCCCAGAACCAGCAGCUUCAGCAGGAUAUAGGCUAGGCUGGGGCCAGUCGUGCUGGAUGGCUGCCCUGGGAAGAAGUCUGGUGAUCAGUAGUCUUUCAGGGGCAGCCUCUUCUCUCUUCAUUCUUCACUGUCCCAGAAGGGAGAGGGAGCUGGGAUAACUACGCUAACCUUCACUAUGGAUAAUGAACGAUACCACUAACCAGGUCUCGUUGUGUCAGUCCCUGCUAGGUACCUAAUAUCCACCUCUUCAUUUUAGCCUUUUUCACUACCCUAUGUAGUAGGUGCCACUUGACCCCCAUUUCAGAGGUAAGGCAACUAAAGCUAGGAGAGGUUAAGUAACUGCCCAAGGACAAGUCCGCUAAGUCACAGAGCCAGAAUUCAAAGUCAAGCCUGUUAGAACUAUAGUUCUACACUGCACAUGUGGUGGUUCACAAACUGAAGUGUGCAGCAGAAUCACUUAGCUUAUUAAAGAAAAAAGAUUCCCAAACCCUA